CCAACUUCCUUGUUUUGGCCUAGCUGUGGCUUCGUUGCCUAAAACUUGCUUGGAUUUCGUCCUCCCACUCCCCCGCGUGGGUUCUAGAGCGAUGCGGUCCCGCAAGCUUACUUUCACGCAGCUGUGGCUGGGUGCUGUGGCGGCCUUCGCGGUGCUAUUGCAGCCGCGCGCGGGACACGCGCUGGUGUCACCGCGCACGCACGCAGCCGCAGCGACGCUGCCACGACGGCGGCGGCCGGCGCGCGCCACAAGCGAAGACGACCACGACGAGUGCGUCAUCAUCAAAUUCGUCACCGGCAACGCCAUGAAACUCCGAGAAGUGGAAGAAAUUCUGGGCAUGAACGGCCUGCCUUUACCCUUAGAAAUGAUUGAUAUUGAUUUAGAUGAAUUGCAGGAAUCGCAACCCGAGAAAAUCGCGGCCGCGAAGGCACGCUUGGCCGCGGAGGCCUGCGGCGGCCCGGCGAUCGUGGAUGACACGUCGUUGUGUUUGAACGCCAUCGGCGGCAUGCCGGGACCCUACAUCAAGUGGUUCCAGCAGUCGAAGGUCGAGCUCCACCGGUUGUUGACGGACUACGACGACAAGUCGGCCUUCGCGCAGUCGUGCAUCGCCUUCUCGCCGGGCCCGGGCGCCGUGCCUCUUGUUUUUUCGGGCGUGUGCAAUGGUACCAUUGUAUCUCCAAGGGGUGGCUCGGGCUUCGGUUGGGACGCCGUCUUCCAGCCGGAAGGUUCGGCGGAGACGUUCGCGGAGAUGAGCGGCGAGGCGAAGAACGCCAUUUCCCAUCGCUCGCGGGCGCUGGCGUUGCUUGCGCAGCAUUUGAAAGGAGAUAGGGAUCUACUGGUGGACUUGUGUCUGGAGUACGCGACCGAUCCGGUAUUCCUCGAGGAUCGCGUGCACUACCGGGAGACUUAGG